AUGCCCUCCAAACUUAUCUUCAGCAACGAGCUGGGCCUACAGCAGUGGUCAGAAGAGUUAGCAGACGUCACAGUCAUAUGUGGCAGCGAAACUUUCAAGUUGCACAGGGUAGUGUUGUGCGCCCAUUCGGAGCUUUUCAGAAAGGCACUGUGCGGCAACUUUGCAGAGGCAAAGACCGGCCACGUAAAGCUGCCCGAGACCGACCCAGAGACUUUCACGCCGCUGGUCCAGUUUUGCUAUUAUGGCACUUACGACGACGACGUUCCGGGCUCGGAGGAAGCGCAAGUGAACAAUGGGCUCGAUUUCUUUUAUUUGUCACCAGCAGACAGUUAUGAAAAGUACCUGCCCAUGGCAGAGUGUCUAGGGGCAGCCGGCAUUCACUCCUCAAAAGGCCACUUCCAUACCAAUCCAAUCACAUUAUAA